GGUCAAACAGGCUUCAUCCGUCGGUCCUCCGGGUCUCUGAACCGCGGAAACAUGCUGGGAGAAGCGGAGCCUCAGUGGAUUUCCGAGGAGGUGAAAACUGGAACAACCAUCAUAGCCAUUGAGUUCAAUGGUGGAGUCGUUCUGGGCUCUGAUUCCAGAGUGUCUGCAGGGGACUCUGUAGUCAACAGGGUGAUGAACAAACUGUCCCCCCUCCAUGAUAAGAUCUACUGUGCUCUGUCAGGAUCUGCAGCAGACGCUCAGACCAUCGCUGAGAUGGUUAACUACCAGCUGGAUGUGCACAGCUUAGAGAUAGAUGAGGACCCUCAGGUUCGCUCAGCUGCCACUCUGGUGAAAAACAUCUCCUACAAGUACAAGGAGGAGCUGUCGGCACAUCUAAUAGUCGCUGGCUGGGACAGAAGGGAUGGAGGACAGGUCUUUGCCACCCUCGGCGGACUUCUGACCAGGCAGCCUUUUGCCAUUGGAGGCUCAGGAAGCUCCUAUGUUUAUGGGUUUGUUGAUGCGGAGUAUCGCAGAGGAAUGACUAAGGAAGAGUGUCAGAAGUUUGUGGUCAACACUCUUGCUUUGGCCAUGAACCGUGACGGCUCCAGUGGCGGCGUGGCUUACAUUGUCACCAUCGAUGAGCACAGCACAGACGAGAAGGUCAUUCUUGGAAAUGACCUACCGACCUUUUUUGAUCAGUGACUUCAGUUUUUGACUUGAAACCCGUGUGGAGUUGAUUUGGCUCAUCCGUCAGCAGCUCUGCACUGAACCC